GUUUCUCUGCCAUUUUUAGUAAACCGAAAGUGAAAGGAUAAUACUUGUUCCUGGACGAAGAACGGGACGGCGAGCAGGCAGAGACACCUAAAAUAGUCCCAGCAUCUAGAAGUAGGACAUCCCCAUUGCCCAGCAAUGUCUGAGGAGGACUUCUCCCUAGUUAGUACAGCUACAGCACAGGGACUUGAUGGCUCUGUGUUAUCCCCCCUGGACAGCAUCAGGAAGGAGAUUGAAAAGUACAAGGAGAUCUGUGACCAGAUAAUCACAGACCAGAACGACCUGCGGAAUGAUAGAGACAAGCUGCAGCAGAUGACUGAAGAGUUCAAGUUGCGUUCUGUCAAACUCAAGCAACAACGUGAGGAUGAAGAAGUGGAAAGAUCCCUGACCCUUGAUACUGACAAGGAGAAGCUGGCUGAGCUACAGCUGGAGGAGCAAAAGCUUCAGGAAGAGGCUGAGAGGCUGCAGACUGAGCUGAGACAUGUGGAUGAAAUGAACCAGCAGCUGAAACAGGAGACGCAGGUGACCACUGCAGUGCCUGAAAGAAAAGUGGUUUUCACUGGAGCAACAGGUGAAGAGGGGUCCUCCAGCUUUGACAUGAACCCCCGAAUUGUGUACCCCAUGGAAGGCGGGACGGCACUGAUUACCUUCGAGGAUGAGGAAGUUGCACAGAAGAUCCUGAGCAUGAACUACCAUGAUGUCCAGCUAGGGGAGUGCUCCAUUAGGCUGGAGGCCAGGCCGGUGCAGCUGCUGAUGCCCAGCUACAUUGAGGUGGAGACGCACGUGUCCAACAGGCGGAUCCUGGUGUCCAACCUUCCCAAGGACGUGGAGGAGAGCCGCCUGCUGGACAAGCUGGAGCUCUUCUUCUCCAAGAGCCGGAACGGGGGCGGGGAGGUGGAGUCCUUGGAACUGCUGCACGACUCGGGAACCGUGGUCAUCACUUUCCUGGAGGACACCAUUGCAAAACGCCUGACUGACAUGGAGAACCACACUGUGGAGCUGCUCGGUAAAAAGUAUCGUCUGAGGGUGACUCCUUUCCUGAACGGAAAGAUCAUAGACUUGCAGACUCGGGUGUCGGAGUCCCGGAGGACCGUGCAGCUGGUGGGCAUCCCGAACAUCAUGGAGGAGGACAACAUGCAGGACAACCUGGAGAUCCACUUCCAGAAGAGCAGCAACGGGGGCGGCGAGGUGGACGCCUUCCUCUACAGCCCCCCGGGCAAGACGGCGCUGGCCGUCUUCGAGGAGGACAGCCCCGAGAGCGCAUGAGCCGCGGGGCCGCCGGCGCCACGCCCCUGAGAUAUUAACGGGGGGUAAAUUUACCUGGUAGCAUCCCCACUUUUUGCACGACUUUCCCCUGGUUUGGUCCCUUGCUCGGUGGGGUCAGACUCUUCUUUUCUUGGGCAAAAGCCCAAGGGGUUAAUCAGAAAUCCACACCUUUCCCCAGUUCAAUACUGCGCGAAGCCGAGACAACACACUUACCACCGCGUCGCCAGAGUGUGCUGAGAAACUACAGGAGGGCGGGAGGAAAGCAAGGGGAAAUAACGUGUAGGGCAGAGGAAGAGCGUGGUACAACCUCAACUCGGCUCUCGACGCUCGACUUCCCUGCGAGCCAGAACACCUCGUCCGAGUUAUUUUAAUCAAGCCGAGUGUCGCGGGGACAUGACCAUGUAGAUUUAUUGUGGUAAUAUUUCACCAGGGCCGGGCCAGGAGGCGAGGGAAGUGAAGGGAAGGUGAGGCAGUGAAGGCGAUCAGGAGUUUAUUCCAGUAUACCGGAAUCUGUGUAAUGUUAUUGAAUUAUAAUGUGUUUGUAUGUACAGUAUUGAUCUCCACCAUUCAUAUGAGGGACUGGCCCCUGCAUAUAAUUUUAGUGUUUUUACUACCUUUAUUGUGACAUCUACGUAUGUAGGUGUCUAUUGCAGUUAAUGAAAGGAACAACGUAAUGGACAGGAAUGUAAUUGACUUAAUUGACAUUUUUUAAAGAUUUUAGGGUGGGAUUACUGGCCUUUUAAAAGAACUGUUGUGUUCUCUUCACUGUGCUUCAGACAUUUUGAGCAUUCGGUGCUAUUCAUCUGAAUCUAACGGUGUCCUGAAAAAACAACAAAUCUAACCAGGAAGGUUUCUUGUUUUUGUUUAUAUCUUGUAGAAUUGAUUAUCUUUGCAAUUCUUUGGAUUUCAAAACCUAUGAACAAAAUUUGUAACCAAUAUGUAAGAUUAUUUGACAUUGUAAUCUAGUGCAAAGUCUGGGACUUAUAGGAGUAUGAAAAAUAUUAAAAAAAGAUGUUCUAAUUUUCUGAAA